UCUCAACAUUACUCAAAAAUAAAAAAAACCAAUCCAAUUAAUUCAUCCUUCCAUUUUUCAAUUAAUCAUUCCCAAAUUAUGUCGAAGAGGAGUAGAGACGUCGCCGGCGAUGGCGACGACGCCUCCGCCGUGGCCAACUUCCUAAUGCUAUUAUCCGCCGCCGCUGCCGCACACAGCAGCGGCAACAGAGUCCUUGCAGGUGAAGAUUCAUCGCGAAUCUUCACAUGCAAGACUUGCGACAGGCAGUUCCCAUCGUUCCAGGCGCUCGGCGGCCACCGCGCCAGCCACAAGAAGCCGCGGCUGGGCGGUGGAGAGCCGCCGUCGCCGCCGAAGCCGAAAACGCACGAGUGCGGCAUUUGCGGGCAGGAAUUCCCGUUAGGUCAAGCCCUUGGAGGCCAUAUGAGGAAGCACAGAGCGGCCUUGGUUGAUCAGAACCACCAUGAGGCGGCGGCGGCGGCGCCGCCGCCGUUCGCGCUUUUUCCGGUGGUGAAGAAAGCCAACAGCAGGAGGAUUUUCUCUCUCGAUCUCAAUUUGACUCCGUUAGAGAACCAUUAUUUUUUUGUUGAUUCUUCACAAAUAUAAUUAGUUCUUAAUUUACAUUUUUUUGGUAUUUUUUGUAUAUGUUGUUUCAUUUCUUUUUAAAUAGGAAUAUUGAUUUUUUCAAGUA